GAAGCGCCCCGCCGGGCGCGGUCCGGCCACGGCCUCGGGGUGGCCGACGGCGGCGGGAGCACCCGCCACGGCGCGGACGGCAGUGCAGGCGGGCCGCGGCUCGCGCGCUCCCGGUCGCGGUCGCCCCGGGCGGGCCCGGCGAGGGGGGGCACCGAGGACCUCGGGGGACCUGGUCGAGGUGGUGCCCGCCUCCGCGCGCUCCGCCCCCUGCGGCUCCGCCGUGCCGGCGCUGAGGCUUCCCCGCUCGCUCUGCGACGGGCUAUGGGCGUACCAGAAGGACUCGAGGGAGGAGGGCGUGGCGUGGAUGUGGGGCCUCUACCACGCGCGCCAGGGGGGCGUGCUGGCAGACGAGAUGGGGCUCGGGAAGACGGUGCAGGCCUGCGCGUGCGUGCAGGCCGUGCGGGCGGCUGGGGCGAGGCACGCCCUGGUGCUGGUGCCGGUGACCCUCUUGAGCCAGUGGGCUGCAGAGAUCCAGAGGUGGUGCCCCGAGUGCCCUGUCUACGUGUACCACGGCAGCGCGGCUCAGCGCGGGCGCGCUCUCGAUGCCGUGAGGCUGCCGCGCGGGGGGGUACUGCUCACGUCCUACAACAUAGUCAAGAACGAGAGCGAGCACUUGCUGGGUGCAUCUGUCGACUCUGUACAGCUCCGGUCUGGCCCCGGUGGCGUCGAGAGGCGUAGGGUCUCUGUGCAGAAGAAUUGGGACAUCAUGAUCUGCGAUGAGGCCCAUGUCAUGAGGAGCAUAUCCACGUUGUUGGGCAAGGCAGUGCGGAACAUUUGUUCCAAUUGCCGGAUCUUGCUCACAGGCACGCCUGUGCAGAACCGUUUGCAGGAUAUGUGGGCGUUGAUGGAUUUCGCGCAACCAGGGCUCCUAGGCAAUCACGCCACAUUUACGAAACGCUUCAGCGAACCCAUCGAGAAGGGCAGCGUGCGCAGCGCUGGGCCUUCUGCAGUUGCCCUAAAGAAGCACCUCUGCGACCAGCUGCUGCAGUUGGUGGCACCCCACCUGCUGCGCCGAACAAAGGAGAGCACAGGACUGCAGGGCAGUGACAUCGGCGACCCCGCCGCUUUGGCCGUCGCGGUCGCCUCCCGUGGAUGCAGUGAGGUCCCCUUCCCCAAGUCCUUGCCGCCCAAAGUGGAGCUGGUGGUGUGGCUCGCCCCCACCACGGAGCAGGCGGCGGCCUACAAGCAGGCCCUGGCCACCAGCGAGGUGAUCCGCGAGGCCAAUGACAAGACGAGGCUGGGCCUGGAGGUGUUCAAGGCGAUCGGCCUCCUCAAGCGCCUGUGCAACCACCCUGCGCUGGGGCUGCCGGUCGCCGAGCCGGGGCUGUGGCAGGAGGUCCUUUCCGUCGCGUCCGCGUCGUUGCCAGGCGCGGGCGGCUGCUUCCGCGCCGCCUGUCCGCAGCGCAGGGACCCGCCGAAGCCAUCGGGUCGUGCGACGCCUUCGGCCGCGACAAUGGCCGCAGCAUCGGCGCUGGCACCGCCUCUUGCCGUUGCCGCCGACGACCCGGAGGACGAUGUUGGGGCGGCAGGCGCUGGCGGGACCGUGGAGCGACUGCUCCGGAAGCUGCCGCGAGACCUGGACUCUCUUGUGGCGCAGAGCGCGAAGUUGAGGUGCGUUGCGGCGAUGUUGCCCGCGCUGAUUGCGCGCGGGCACCGGGUUCUGAUCUUUUCACAGGGGGUGCUGAUGAUGGAUUUGAUAGAGGUGUGCGUGCUCCGGAAGCAGGGCAUCAGCUUCCUGCGUCUCGACGGGCACACCGACAUCAAGACGCGUGCCGAGAGGGUCGCGAGUUUCCAGGCAGAGCCAGAAAAGUACAAGUGCAUGCUGUUGACCACGCGCGUCGGUGGCUAUGGCCUGAACCUCACAGGGGCCGACCGUGUCAUCCUGCUGGACCCCGCCUGGAAUCCCGCAUCCGACGCACAGGCAGUAGAUCGGGCAUACCGCAUCGGGCAACAGAACGAAGUUCGGACGUACCGACUUGUGAUGAGUGGCCUCAUCGAAGACAAGAUGUUUCGGCUGCAGGUCUUCAAAAUGGGUCUCACCAAUUCGGCUCUGGAGGCGUCGCAGCAGCACCGGUACUUCACGCAGGAUGAGAUCCGGGCUCUGUUCAAGUGGGCAGACCCAGCGAAGGGUGAGACCAUGAGACUGAUUGCUGAGAAGCACAGCCAGCGAGACGGCGACCUCGCGGCCGAACACGCACAGGUGGACGGCGCUCAAGAUGGGUGGCUGCAGGCGGGCCCAGCGAUUGGCUUGAGCGUCUUCUCGUCGCUGUUCCGCGCGCUCGCUCCCGAGGAGCCUCAGGAGGAGGACGGCCUGGGCAGCGAGGAAGUGCGGGAGAUGAGGGCCAGGAUCUCCCGGGCCGAGCAGGAGUCCGUCAGGCAGUCCGAGGCGAGAGCCGCCGCGGAGGGGCAGGUCGCACAGGCGCAGCUCGGAGCGCAGGAGGCGGCGGGGCAGAUCGCCUCUGCGGCGGAGGACCGGGCCAGGGCCGGCCAGCGCCUGAAGGCCGCUCACAGCGAGCUGGCGAGGGCGAGGCGCGAGGAGGCGGCGUCCGAGCGGGUCCUGGAGAAGGCCGUGCAGGCGCAGGCGGCGGCGCAGAAGCACCUGCUCGGGGUGGAGGAGCGGCGCCGCACCGCCGGGGGCGCGGAGGACGCCGUGGCGCGGCAGUGCGAGGGCGCGGGGGAGGCCCUCGCGGCCACGGAGCAGACUCUGGCGCAGGCGCUCGCGGACACCAGCUGCCGGGUGGAGCGCGUGUGCGGCACGAGCGGCUCGGGCCUCGGAGACCCCUCGGCUGGAGGCGUCUGUGCUCCGGGUGCCGCUGCGUCUGCCGCCAGGAAGGCCAUCGAGCGGGCCCAGAAGUGCCUCGAUGCAGCGAGGGCUGCCCGCGAGGCGGCACAGCGGGCGCUGGGCGACCUCCUGAACGCCGACGCGCGCCAGUUGGACAGCGAGGCGGAAGCCAACGUGGCGGCUGCCCGUCAGGAGCCCCAGCAGGCCGCGGCUGUCAAGGCGGCCCAGGUGGCGGCGAGCAGCGCGGGCAAGGAGAGCGCCAGGGCGGAGAAGGCGUUCGAGAAGGCGGCCAAGGCGUCUGCCGGCGCGCAGGAACGCGCGUCGCAGACGGUGCACGACCUGAAGGAGGCGGUGAGCGCGCUGGCUGAGUCGCUGCAGGGUGACGGCGCGACCCUCGUCCGCGACGUGCGGUCCAUGCAGCAGGAGCUCCGGGCGUCCGCCCGGGGGGUCGCCGCCGCGUGGCAGGCGGCGCGGGCGGCGCAGCAGGCGUGCUGCCGGGCUGAGGGGCUGCGCCGCAGGGCUGCCCGCGCAGCCGCGGCCUCCUGCGCGGAGGUCAAGGAGGCGCGCGCCCGUGGCCUGGCGGCCGACGACGCCCACGCGAGGGCGGAGCAGGAGGCUGCGGCCGUCCAGCUGAGGCGCCGCGCCUGCGAGUCGGAGGUCGAGGAGGCCCGCGCGGCGGGCGUCGAUGCCGAGAUGCGCGGCGUGGGGCAGAAGAGGCGGCGCGAGGAGCUCAAGGCCGAGCUGGCGGGGGCGAAGCAGGGCCUCAAGGCGGCCAAGGCGGCGGAGAAGGAGGCCAUCUGUGGGCGCGACGCCCUGUACAAGCACUACGCCAAGGGCGGCGACGGCGCGAAGGACGAGGCCGCCUCAGCGGGCAGUGCGGCCGGGGCGGCCGCCGAGGAGCGGCAAAGGGCCGUGGAGGCGAUCCAGGCGCUGAAGGGCGAGGUGUACGACGCGAAUCAGGUCGUGGAGGCUUAUGAGAGUAAGCGCAGGCGGGUCGAGGCAGACCCAGACGCCGCCUGA